AUGAAUCGUGAGGAUGUUAGGAUUAGCGACAUCCAUAACAGUUGGAUCCAGGGAAUUAGGAAAGGCUCUGUUCUACGUGGAUAUCGUGGGGAGACUAUAGCGCAAUUGUUUCUACUAAUUGUGUGGGAUAAAAUGCAUCCGUUCGCUCAUCUGCUUGAGCGUCAAAACGAAUUCCUCUACAAAGAUCCCCAUCUCAUUCGGUACGAUAGUCGUGGUUCACUUGAUAGUCAAUACACUCGGGAUUACAAUGCGCAAGAUCUAAAGGCUGUCGCUGAUGCGGUUGUUAAUAGAGGUCUCGGAAAAAAGAUAACUUUGGCCGGCUGGUCAAUGAUAGCGGCUACAGCAACAUUGACAGGUGUGGUUGAUCUCGAUCUAGAAAGUGGAGAGAAUAUCUUGAGCUUACUUGUUGCUGCGGAUGAACUCGAAAUUCAUGAAUUAAUUCAUCAUGCGCAAGAUAAUCUGAUUGUAAAAAAGUCAACAAAAUCUUGUAAAGAUUAUGCAUACCAUUUAUCUUCAAGAAUCAUUCAAAAAAUUAAACGAACUUGUCUUAAAAUGAUCAGUGAAGAACCUCACAUGAUUUUCAAAUCUGAAGAUUACUUAUCUCUGGAGGAAUCAGUGCUUGUAUCAUUGCUCAAACGUGAUGACUUAGCAAUGGAUGAAAUUGAGAUUGGAAUUCAAUUGUCAAAUGGGGUGGGUGUUGGAGAUAUCUCAAAUUUGGGUAACCAACCUGUACCAAAAUGA